AUGUCAUUCUCUGAAAAGAAAUCUGUUCAUUUGCAAUUAUAUUUGUUCUUAGUUGGUACUAUCAAAGCUUUUGUCCGAACAUUCAAGAAAGAAUUAGUUCACUGGCAAAGUGCCAUAUUUGGACACAACAUCGCUUAUUAUAUGAGAUUUUUUGCAUAUAAAGUGACAACAUGCCAAAUGACUAUUUCAGCAUCUUGGAUUUCCAACGUAAGAUGUUUUCAUAUUGAAAAUCAAACUGGGAAACGAGUAUGUAUUUCAGCUGGACAUCAUCAAAUCGAAACUACUAUAGUACAACAUGUAUUUCAGUAACGCUAUCCAAACUUUAUGAGAACAUACAGAAAACAAAGCGAAUAUUCUAAGAUCUGUUUUAAUAAAAAAUAAUUCCAUUUCAUAAAAUUGGUCAUCGAAUCUGACAAUGGCCUCUCUCAGCUUUGGGAUAUCUCAUCUCCUGGUAAGAGUGUUGAUCGUGGGCCACUAUAAGUAGCUGUGCUAAAUUGGUGCCUUGUCAUUCCAAAUAUACUCAAUGAUUUCUCUUAAUGUAGAGUGUUUCCGCAGAUUGUUUAUACGUUCAGGUCCAUCUGGAACUGUGGAUUUACUCUUCCACACAUGAAUGCAAUAGUUAUCCUUCCAGCUAUAUCGACCAUUGAACAGCUGUUCGUAUUCAAACCACUUUGGACCGAUAAGUGACCAUUCCUCUAUAUGAACCAAAUGGGGAAAUAUUUUGGAAAGAUUGUAUGGGAUUUGUACUGAAUGGAAUAG